UUCUGAUUGGUUGCUAAGCUGAAGGGCACAUUUACGAAAUUGAGUUGCGUUUAAUUGCAGCCAAAAUUUCUCUAAGUCUUACCCGUCGUUUAAUUCUAUGAAUAACGCGAAUUGUCCAAUCCUUUGGUCCACGGAAAGAACAAAACAGGAAUUAUACUCUUUUUUUACCAAUCCUGCUCUAUAACUGAUCGGAUACAGACCGAAUGAAACAAACAGUUAAUGAAAUCUCUAACAAAACGAUGUUGUGUCAUUUUAGAGUGUUUAAAUGUCACUAUGAGGUCCUGAACUUCCUAUAUAUGCUAACAGCUUAUGAUACUUAAGAUUCAGAUCCUAAAACGUGUUUGUCGUUUAUGACUGAGAAGGAUUGAAAACUGAAAGGGAAUGAAAUGCGCUGACUAUCCUCUCAUUGUGUUCUAGCGCGGUUUGUGAUAUGUAAGGUUUUAGCGGGUUAGGCCAUAUGCUUCUCAUUCCCAUUCCGAGAUUGUCUUAGUCUGAGUCUGGUGUUGGUUCUGAUUGUUGUAGAUUGAUACUGUCAUUAACUAUACGUGCUUUGUGUGCGCUUCCUGGAUCGUCGAUUCACCUUUUCUUUUUUCUCUUUACUAGUCUUCCUUACGCUACUGUAUGCUACCCUAGUAUACAAAGUAUAUUCUGGAUAGACGCGAACCUCCACAAGGUUGAAAUAUGAUACCGGCUUUGAUUCUUAAUUGUUUAUUACCUUUGUCGUUCGGUUUCGUAACUAGACACUUUCCGUGGUCAACCAUCAAGAAUCCGGAGUUCACAUAUGAAACAAGAUACUUUUGGACCAGGGUUGAUCACUUUUCUUUCGUAAAUGAUGACAAGUUCUUUAUCAAGUAUCUAAUUAACAACGAAUCGUUCACUCCGGGUGGCCCGAUAUUUUUUUACACAGGAAAUGAAGGUGCCAUAGAAAUAUUUGCAGAGAACUCAGGGUUUAUCUGGAAGCUUUCUCAAGAACUUAAUGCUUCUGUUGUUUUUGCCGAACACCGGUAUUACGGAACCUCUCUCCCAUUCGGGAAUAAUUCUUUCAAAGACCGUCAGCACUUUGGUUACCUAACUGCAGAACAAGCGUUGGCUGAUUAUGUACUUCUAAUUAAUCAACUAAAAGCUAAUUAUUCAUGCUUUGCUUCAUCACCUGUAAUCGCUUUCGGAGGAUCCUAUGGCGGUAUGCUCUCUGCUUGGAUCAGACAAAAGUACCCUAAUCAAAUUGCCGGUGCUAUAGCUUCUUCUGCACCAGUAUGGCUGUUUCCCGGAUUAUCUGACUGCAAUGGUUUCAGUAUGACAGCAACAAAUAGCUUUUUGAAAUAUGGUGGCGAGAACUGUGUGAAGAAUAUACAACUUUCCUGGAGUAAUAUUGUAGACAUAGGUCAAAGUAUUGAUGGGAAAGAAUUAUUAACCCACAUGUUUAACAUCUGUACGCCUUUAACUGAUGUUCAGAAUAUCAUAGACUACUUAUCCGAUUUUUUGGGAACGAUAUCUAUGGUCAAUUAUCCUUACCCAGCCAACUUUCUGCUUGCUUUACCUGAAUGGCCAGUCAAGUAUUUGUGUACCAAUUUAUCUGCAUACGACCCUCAACAACCUGUGGUAACCAGAAUAUCUUUAUUAGCCAAGGCUAUACUAUCACUGACAAAUUAUACUGGGAAUCAAACGUGUUUAGACAUUUCAACGAGUUCGCCAAGUCUGGACACUACUGGAUGGGAUUUACAAACUUGCAUGGAGAUGACAACACCUAUGUGUGCAUCAGGGCCGGUAAACAUCAUGCCUCCAUUAAAUUGGGAUCUUAAGUCUUUCUCAAUCUCUUGUCAAAAUCGAUUUGGUGUAAGUCCACGCGUUGAAUGGCCAAAAGUUGAAUUUUGGAGUAAAUCAGUACAUACUAUUACCAACAUAAUUUUCAGCAAUGGUGAAAUUGAUCCAUGGUCAGCAUUAUCAAUUACAAAUAAUAGUUAUGUCCCAUUCGCUACAGUCAUUAAUAUCUCUGAUGCUGCUCAUCAUUUAGAUUUGAGAACUCCUAACCCGGCUGAUCCUCAAAGUGUGAUUAAAGCAAGAGAAAUUGAAAAACAGAAAAUAAUCCAAUGGAUAAAAGAAUGGAAACUUAAAUACAAAUUAUUGAAAUUUUUCAAUAGCAUCAGAUCAUUCAUCUCUUUACUAGAUUACCUUGGCUAAUGUUUAAAGAAAUAUUUUGUAUUUUUUGUUGUUGCAAUUUUCAUGAUAAUAAUCCUAAUUUAAACUGACAUUAUAAUUUAUAAUCAAAUUUUUUACAUCUUGAAAA